AAAACACUCAAAACGUCUGCAAAUCGUAAACAAAAAAUAAAUUGAAAUUUUCAAGAGUUUUGGGCAAUAUUAUUAAGUAUUAAUUAAUGACCGACAUCUUCACAAUUGGGAUUGUUUGCUGUCUGUGAUAUCCCUGGCUUAUCGAGAUUAAUUCCGAACCGCAAAAAUGGAAGAUGAGUAUGAGCAUGGGAUUUUGAACGAUUCAUUGGAGGCCUUGAUGGCUGAUUAUUUCGAUAACACAGGUAUCGUGUCCACUGGCGUUUCUUCUACUGCUGUUGUGACAUCGACGACUUCCAAACCCAUGUCUCAACUUCAACAACAUGGUGUUGUUUCGAACUUUAGUUUGGGAUUGGGAGAAUCAAGUCUGUUCCCGUUUGGGGACCUUUCUUUUAGAGACCAGACCCAAUUGACCACGGUCUCUAGGUCACCGGAAGAAGUUUUGGAAACGAAGGAUGAUGCCAACGACAAUCCACCUACAUUAGAAGAAAGUGACGACAAAAGCAGCAGAGUUGUACGCAUCCGGACAAGCAGAAGGUCACUCUCGUACGAUAUUAUCUUCAAGUCAGCCCAGCGGUCACAUUCGUCCCUCCAGAGCAAGUCUGAGUGUGAAAGUGAAAGUCGUGAAAGCAGCCGAGAUCCUCCAGAAAUUUCAAUUCGAAUUCGAACCGGAGAAUCGAGACGAGUCAAGGCAUCUGGGAGAGAAAGUUGGUCCAAGAAACAGCCAGAUUUUGUUCCUGGUCCUGGUCAAGUGUCGAUUGUCAAGAAGGAGGAAUCGCAAUCAUUGUCAUCAACUGAGAAGGAAGAUUAUCUCCAAAGCUUAGAACAGACUGUAUCAACUUUGAAGAACAUUAAUGCAGAGCUGGGAGAAGAAGUGAAAACAUUAAAGGAAAAGUUGGAGAAAGCACAGACAACUAUUGGACUGUUGGAAAUGGAAGUGGUCGCAAACCUUUACGGUAGUGCUGAUACUGAUCAGUAAGAAAGAUUUCUUAGCUUCAAUUUAUAAAUUGUUUAUACGUUAUUCAUGUAUAUUUUUCUUUGUAUAUAUGCGUGUGGUACAAUUUACUACAUAACAUUUUUACUAUUUUCAAGAUUGUAACUAGAUUCAGGCAGUUCACAGUUUUAUACAUGUACAAGAGUUAACUUUUUGGUCGGUAGCAAUAACGCAGGCUAUUAUUUCCUUGUGUAAGUUACAUAAGUUGUCUAUGUCAAUGCACAGCGGUUUGUUCGCAUAUUAAUAAUAGUAAUAACAAUAAUAUUGGUGUAAAUACAUUUAGUUUUUUUAUGGA